AAGGUGAUCCGAAUAUGUAUACUCAUGCAUAUAUACAUGCAUACACAAGUAAAUGUCCGAGGUAUUCCAAGUUUUCGUCGAAGUGAUCUGUUUUGAGUCGUCCUGCUUGUGCGUAACAGGUACACACAUUAGACGAAGAUGGUGAAAGCAUGGUACAUGGACGAUUCGGAAGAGGACCAACGCCUCCCUCAUCGACGAGAUGACACGGAUGUGAGCUUAGAGCAGCUGGCGGAGAUCGGUGUGGAGUACGUCUUUGUGGACCCAAAAAACUAUAAGGAAAAUGAAAAGUUGGAGAAACUGAGGUCAGAGCGUGGCUACACAUACAUGGACCAAAUAGAAUGCUGCAGAGAAAAACUCCCAAACUACGAUGCCAGGAUCAAGGCAUUUUAUGAGGAACACCUCCACGAUGACGAGGAAGUCCGCUUUAUCCUUGAAGGGAGCGGAUAUUUCGAUGUUCGAGACAAGCAAGACAAGUGGAUACGUAUAUUCUUGGAGGGCGGAGACCUCAUUGUUAUGCCAGCUGGAAUCUACCAUCGCUUCACCUUGGACCGAAAUGAUCACGUUGUGGCUGUGCGCCUUUUCGUCGGCGAUCCUGUAUGGACUCCACUCAACCGCCCACAGGAAAACUUGGACGUUAGGAAAGAGUAUGUUGCUAAAUACAUCAAUGCCUAGAGUCUGGGAGCUGUCCCACAGAAUGAACCCGGUGCUCGAUAGGAUUAGCAACUAUACAGAAAAAUCUAGCUACUUUAGGAUGCUACAAAGCUUACUUAAUGUAAUUCAUGCUUUACCCAUAAUAAACUUUAUGCAGAAGAAAUUUAAUAAACAGAUGAUUUCAAAAGGGAAAGAAGAUGAGAACAAAUAUCACUCUCACUCCCAAUAGUGUGGCCUCCUGGCCUUCUUCAAGGGUGUAAGUCAAUAAUUGAUUCAAUGUAUUAUCUCAUAGUGACUCGUUGAAGAAAUUUACACAAAAAAAGGUUUGCAAGGUUGGAUUGAAAAGCAAAGUCACCAGUUACAAUGCAUGUGAUGAACAGUACAUUGAUGAAAAGUUGGAGAGCUUACAAAGGGACACAAUUGUGUUGAUGAUGGAUUUUUUUUUCUAUUGUGCCAUUUUAAUUUUUUAUAGAUGAAUUUGAUGCACUUCAGGAUUAUGAUUUUGAUCGGCUUUAAAAACAGUUCUGUUUUCAAUUUUUCAAACAUCAUGAAUUUCUCAGGAUAGCAUUGGUAAAACCAUAUGUUGGUUUGAAGGUUGUUAUAUAUUUCUACAGAUAUUAUAAUGGCGAUACAUGUACUACCUUUACAGAUAUUAUCAGAAAGUGAUUUAUGAUUUAUUCUACACUGUAAGUUUACAAGGUUUAAGAUACCCUUAUCAACAGAUAAAAGUUCAGGAUAGAUUCCAACUGUUUGUUGUGCCAGUGGUAUGGACAUAGGUUUGGCUUCAGAUGCUGCUCAAAAGGUCAGUUUGUGUUUACUGAAGGUUAAUACUGGUAUUCUUAUAUUGAUUUUACUCAGAUAUGUUGUUUAUUAUACAUAUAUACACCGUAAUUACCAAGUCCCUACCACAGCCAUCACACUUGUCACUAUUUACCAGGUAUUGAGAGUGUAAACUCACUAUUUUAGCAAUCUUCAAAAGUCAUCUUCAAUAAAUAAUACAGGUUAUAACAUUUCUACAUUGAACCUGUGUUUAUUGACACCUGGAUGUCAUGACAUUCUGUAAUUCCUGUUUGUGAAAUGACCAUUUUAUGGCCAAAAAAGACUGGUUUUCUGUACUUUAGCCCUCAGGUCUGACCUCCAUAUCGUCAUAUAGCUGACGUAAUAUUUCGGUCGUUCUUCAAGUUGAUAAUUGUAGUAUUUUCGUAUACUAUACACUAAGUGGCCAGACAUUGUAUCCAUCAUAUGUUAUUGUGUACUAUGUAAUGUGUGUAUAAUUUUUGUUUUUUCCAUUUUGUAGGUUCAUUACCAUAAUCAGAGUUUAUUCUACUAUAAACUUUUAACAUUAUACAUAUUUGGAUAAUUAUGUGAAUUCACAGUUGUGCUUAAACCCCUAGAAAUGGAAUAAAGGGACUUCAGCAAGGCUAAUAUAUACAUUACAAUACGUCGUUGUCGUUGUCCAUUUCCUGUUUAGCAACAUUGUUCAAUUCAAACACCUGGUUGUGAAGUAUGAAAUGUGUUCACUCCAAGUUUAAAAGUGGCUCAUUUGAAUACCAAUAUGUUAACUGCAAUGAACUUUGAACUCAGAUUAAUUGCACAAUACAUUUUGAAAUCGCUAGGGAUAUAUACAAAAAAAAGUCUAUUAUGGCUAUUAUUUUGAGACUUUUGGAAGGUUUAGCAAUCAUUCUAAUUUCCCAAUAUAUUGAAUGUAUUUACCAUUAUAAUUUGUAAAUAGUGAAAUUAAACAUCAUUAUAUAUA